GUCCUGUUGUGUUAUGUUAUGUUGUGUUGUGUUGUGCUGUGUAGUGUCGAUCCAGGUGUGAUGGCAGUGUUUUGUGUUUCCUUCAGUACUGACAUGUGACCAGUUUAAAGGGGAUGAGACUCCUGGACAGACUGUUCCAGGUUUAGCUGGUCUCCUGUCUCUGAUGAGGAACUGCUGUCUGGCUUUAAAUAACUCUGGGGACGCAGCCGGAGGGAGACUGACUGGAGAUGGGUUACUGGAGAAUGUCUUCACGCAGAUAGACAGUUUCCUGUCUCAAGGUAUCCUAAGCAACAGCCGCGAGGUGAGUAGGUUGCUCGGCGCUGUGGAGGACGCCAUUAAGCUCAUAGCGCCGCAGCUCAGAGACAACCACACCACCAUGGAAACAGACCACACAGAGGCUGAGAUUACAGUGAGGAGGGGACAGACUCCGCCCAUUGGGCCAAUCAGCCUGGCCAAUGACAACGCUCGACUGGACACCAGCUGGGAGACAGCCACCGGAAACGGGAUGUACCCAGGUUUGACUCUGGCUGGGUUGGUGUGUUACAAGGGAGUGGAGAGAUAUGUCAACGACUCCUUCCAGUACCUCACUGACACAGACACAGACACUGACACAGCAACCGCCAUGGCGUCAGAGCCUAACUACCAGAUCAGUUCCAAGGUGGUAACAGCUUUUGUCAGUAACCCAGCAACAGAACACCUCACCCAGCCUGUCAUCCUCACCUUCAGACAUCUACAGGUGAGGGCAGAGUCAUCAGAAAUGAACUAUACCUGUGUGUUCUGGUCGGAGGGGCGUGUCCAUGAAGAGGGAGGGGCGUGGUCAAGUCGUGGCUGUACCAAAGUCACGUCUAACGCUACACACACCGUGUGUUCCUGUUCCCACCUUAGCAGCUUUGCUGUUCUCAUGGCCCUCUACCCUGUACAGGAUACAUUUGAGCUGCGUCUGUUGACGUGGCUGGGUCUGUCGGUGUCUGUGGUGUGUCUGUUGUUGUGCAUCCUGACCUUCUGGCUGUGUCGGUCCAUCCAGGGGACACGCACCACCAUCCACCUCCACCUCUGUGUUUGCCUCUUCAUCGCUGACCUCGUCUUCCUCAGCGGUAUCUCUCACACACAGAGCAAGGGAGGAUGUAGGUUUGUAGCAGGUCUCCUCCACCUGUUCUUCCUAGGAUCCUUCAGUUGGAUGUUGUUAGAGGGGGUUCAGCUCUACCUCAUGGUGGUCCUGGUCUUCAACACUACCAUAAGACCUCUGUACCUGCAUGCUGUGGGAUAUGGACUGCCACUGACUAUAGUCAUCAUCUCUGCUGUCACCUACCCAGAUGGAUACGGUACCACACAACACUGUUGGUUGUCUCUGGAGAGAGGAUUCAUCUGGAGUUUCUUCGGCCCAGUAUGCACCAUCAUCUUCCUUAACGCUUUCAUCUUCAUCAUCACUGUCUGGAGGCUGGCCCAGAAGUUCUCUAGUCUCAACCCUGACCUCUCCAACCUACACAAGAUCAAGGUGUUCACAGUGACAGCAGUAGCCCAGCUGUGUGUGUUGGGUACUAUGUGGAUAUUUGGAGUGUUCCAGUUCCAAGAGGAGGGGACAGUGGUCAUGACAUAUCUCUUCACUAUCCUCAACUCUCUACAGGGAGCACUGCUGUUCAUCAUGCACUGCCUACUGAACAAAACGGUGAGAGAGGAGUAUUGCAAGCUGCUGUCCUGUAUCUGCACACCACAGAAGAAGAGAUACUCAGAUUUCAGCACUAACAACCCUUCUUCCAGCCAAUCCCAGGGGUCAAGGCGUACCCAGAACACAGGGGAGUUGCAGGCAUGAUGACAUCACCAAUCCCCCAUAAUGCACGUCUUUACUCCCGCUCCCUUUUCAGGCCUGGUCAGUAGAAAAUGUGCCCUACGAGCCCGGCUGGUUAGUAAAAAUGUGUCCAAUGCGGACAGCAGAAAAACCCUUUAGGAACCAACUUGUCUAAGCGUGUACUAGCCCAGCUGGUCAGCAGAAAACCCCUUUUAGGAACAAACUUGUCUAAGCGUGUACUAGCCCAGCUGGUCAGCAGAAAACCCCUUUUAGGAACAAACUUGUCUAAGCGUGUACUAGCCCAGCUGGUCAGCAGAAAAACCCUUUUAGGAACAAACUUGUCUAAGCGUGUACUAGCCCAGCUGGUCAGCAGAAAAUGUGUCUUAAAUGUGUCUUAGCCCCAGUGAUCAGUGCUCGGAAUCCUUAAAUUCCUCCCCUGAUUAGACACUUCACAUCAAACGUGAUGUUAACCACUGUCUUAUCAAGCGUUACGUUAUCCAAUCAGAAGUUAAAUGAUCUUCAUGCCAUCCAAUAGGAAUCCAUAUGAUCUUUGCCAUCCAAUAGGACUCCAUAUUCGCUUUAUGUCAUCCAAUAGGAUAAGGGGGAGUAGGAAGUGACAAUGAUGCAAUGAUGUCACAGUAGUUUCAUUUUCACUGACGUAACAUUUACAUUUCAGUCAUUAAGCAGAUGUUCAUAUGCAGAGCAUCUUACAGACAGAAAAUAAAGAUGGACCAUAUGGUG